AUGAGGCCCAACAAGAAGUGCAUGCAACUGAUGUUGAACAUGUUGCUGAUGUUUCUUUUGUCCCAUGAGGAGAGCCUGGACCAAGGCAUACAAACAGGCGAGUGUAGUCCCAAUAGCACCCAUCACCCGCUACCUCCACCUGAACAUGUAUCAGUGGGUAUCCAGGCUCAGCCAUCAUGGGCAACACAAAAGAUCGAGCCUCGAUACAAGCCCCCUGGAGGUAGUGGCAAAAUUUGUCUUCUUCUCCACCUCUUAAUGCCUUUAGUUCCAAGUCCUGUAACAGAACCUCCAAGAAGCUCUCAAGACAGCAGUAUGGACCUCUCAAGUGAUGCACAAGAUGAGAAGCAAAUUGAAGACAAUAUUCACCACCCAGGGGAUAUCAGCAGUUUACCUGCACAACCCAGUACUCCCACAUCUGAGACUGCUGACAUGAAUCUCCAGUCCUCUCCUAGCUCUGCAUCCUCCUCAUCAUCUGAUAUAUUUGGUCUUGUAACUGGUUUAUCAUGGCAUCCACCUCCUCCAAAUACUGUGCCACCUCAAUGA